AUGCCGACAGAAAUCUCCGCACCCCUCCACCUGCGCACCCUCCUAAACGCCCACACCUACCUCAUCGCAGACUUCUACGCAACAUGGUGUCCGCCCUGCAAGCAAAUCGCACCCAUCUACAACCAACUAUCCACCACGCACGCCACGCCCGGCGCCUUUGCGUUUGUCAAGAUCAACGUCGACGAACAGAGGGAGAUUGCGGGGCAAUAUGGGGUCACGGCUAUGCCGACAUUUAUGCUGUUCAAGGAGGGGAAGAAGGUGGACGAGGUUAGGGGUGCGGAUGUGAGGGCUUUGAAAGAGAUGGUGGAGAGGGCUGCGGGGGAGGUGAGGGCGAGGAAGGAGAAGGUGCAGGAGAAGAAGACGGUUGGUGACGAGGGCAAGGAGAAGAAAACGGCCGUGGAGGAGAGUAAAGAGAAGGGAGAAGCGGAGGAGAAGACGGUCAGUGGGAGUUAUGGGAUGACCGGGGGAAAUAAUUGGAAGAUGUCGUUGCAUUAG